UUCUUUGGUCACGUGAUUGAGUUUCACCCAACGCUGUGGUCACCUGAUUUGUUGUGUUGCCGAUGAAGAAAGAUGGCGGCCCACCUGUCGUACGGUAGAGUCAAUUUAAACAUUUUAAGAGAAGCAGCACGAAAAGAGCUUCGAGAGUUUUUGGACAAGUGUGCGGGGAGCAAGGCCAUAGUUUGGGAUGAAUAUCUGACUGGACCUUUCGGACUGAUAGCUCAGUACUCUCUACUGAAGGAACAUGAAGUGGAAAAGAUGUUCACCCUUAAGAGUGGCAGGCUUCCCCCAGCUGACGUCAAAAAUAUCAUCUUCUUUGUUCGUCCCCGACUGGAGCUCAUGGACAUCAUUGCUGAGAAUGUAUUCAGUGAGGACAAGAUGCAUUCGUCACGAGACUUCCACAUUUUGUUUGUGCCUCGGCGGAGCAUGCUGUGUGAACAGCGGCUGAAGGAGCAGGGCGUGUUGGGCUCUUUCAUCAACAUUGACGAGUAUAUCCUAGACCUGAUUCCCUAUGAUGGUGACCUGCUGUCCAUGGAGUAUGAAAGCGCUUUCAGGGAGUGCUACUUAGAAAAUGACCAAACAAGCCUUUACCACACAGCCAAAGGCCUCAUGACCUUACAGGCAUUGUAUGGCACCAUUCCACAGAUCUAUGGGAAAGGAGAAUGUGCACGUCAUGUUGCCAACAUGAUGCUGAGGAUGAAGAGGGAGUUUGCCGGCAGUCAGAAUCAGAUCCUGCCCGUGUUCGAUACUCUGCUUCUUCUGGACCGUAAUGUUGAUCUGCUCACCCCUCUGGCCACACAGCUCACCUACGAGGGUCUCAUUGAUGAGAUCUACGGAAUCAGUAACGGUUAUGUCAAAUUGCCUCCUGAGAAGUUUGCACAGAAGAAGCAAGGUGAGGCGAGUAAAGAUUUACCCACAGAGCCCAAGAAGUUACAACUCAACUCAGCAGAGGAACUGUAUGCAGAAAUACGGGACAAAAAUUUCAACGCUGUUGGAGCAGCGCUCAGCAAGAAGGCCAAAAUAAUCUCAGCUGCCUUUGAGGAACGCCAUAAUGCCAAAACAGUGGGAGAAAUAAAGCAGUUUGUGUCUCAGCUGCCUCACAUGCAGGCAGCACGAAGCUCGCUGGCUAACCACACUUCUGUAGCAGAGCUGAUCAAGGACAUCACCACAUCGGAGUCCUUCUUUGACAAUCUAACAGUGGAGCAGGAGUUUAUGACUGGAGUCGACACAGACAAGGUGAACACAUAUAUAGAAGACUGCAUUUCCCAAAAGGAUCCUCUAAUAAAGAUUCUGCGUCUGGUGUGUAUGCAGUCAGUCUGCAACAAUGGCCUCAAGCAGAAGGUGUUUGACUAUUACAAGAGGGAGAUUCUCCAGACCUAUGGAUAUGAACAUAUACUAACAUUGAACAACCUGGAGAAGACAGGUCUUUUGAAGCCACAGACAAGCUCAAGGAAUAACUACCCCACUAUUAGAAAAACCCUUAAACUGUGGAUGGAGGACGCCAAUGAACAGAACCCCAACGACAUCUCCUACGUGUACAGUGGCUACGCUCCACUAAGCAUCCGACUGACCCAGGUCUUGGCCAGGCCCGGGUGGCGUAGCAUCGAAGAGGUGUUGAAGAUGCUUCCAGGCCCACACUUUGAGGAGAGACAACAGCUGCCAGCCGGGCUUCAUAAGAAACGCCAGCAAGGGGAGAAUCGGACAACGCUGGUCUUCUUCCUCGGAGGAGUGUCAUAUGCAGAAAUAGCUGCUCUUCGUUUCCUCUCUCAAAUGGAAGACAGCGGGAUGGAGUAUAUUAUAGCCACCACGAAACUCAUAAAUGGCACAACGUGGAUCAAAUCCCUGAUGGACCGGCCUGAAUCCCAGACCCCCUGAGUCACCUGCUUGUACACCUGGCCACAUCAAACACCCCAUCCAUUCGAAAACCUCAGUGGCUGUUUUUUAUGUCCGUGUACUGCAGGUGUUUCAUUGAUGUUUGUGCUGGUUAAACAGCAGCUGGUUCUUUAAAGGUGCCCAGUGGAGUUUUCUUGGAAACAAAGUUACGUUAACAUUCAGUGUUACUAACAAAACGCGUUGUGUUUAUCUUUGAGGUCUGACAAACAUGUUGAAUGCAUUUCCUUCUUCAUAACAUUUGCCAAGAUGAUUUUCUUAUAUAUUUCACAUCGUCCACUGUUACCAUACAUGUAUUGUUGCUUGCCUUUGCUGGUGCUUUACUACGUUUCUUUGUACAGUACCACCACUAACUGCGGUUCAGUGGAAUGUGUAUCACAUUGCAUGAUACAAAAAAAGUUGACCCACUUGUAAAAACAACAGAGUGCUUUUAGUGGUCAUAAACUCCACAGGGUACCUUAAUUUGCACCCAGAAAAAAUAAUAUAAAGCUGGUUUAGUGCUACUGUUUAUCAUACAAUCGCUUUCUCCUCUGGCUACAUUUCCAUCAAUGAGGUCAUUGCUUUAUUAUGGAGCCACUGUAAAUAUGUAUGUAUGUAUGUUUGUAUGAUUAAAAUCUUUGAGAUGAUGUCAUGCAUAAGAGGAUGAAAGGUGCACUCCUUUCGUAGGACAUUUUCAGUUUUGUGUAGCUUUCGCUGGCAUAAUAGGUAAAUAAAGUCUUAACAAGUGUAA